AUGAUCAUCAUUAAAUUUACUGAUGCCCUUGACGCCGGUGCGGUUGGGCUAUGUGCCCGCAGGAUGGGCAAAGGGGGCAGCAACUGGGGCCCAGCACAGAAGCCUGGCGACAAGCACCGCCUUAGAUAUCGGCGGAAAAUGACGCCCAGUGGCAAGAGCUCAAACCUUACCCAAUGUGAGAGCUUGAGUAUCCGGCCCCGUUACUGCCCGCAGUGCUCCGAGUUCGUGGGCGGCUGCCCAGACAGGAGAAGGAGCCUCGAAGGAGACGAGGCGAGCCUUAAAGAGGUAUAUAAGGCUGGGAAUCUCACUGUUUUCGCCGGCGAGCGCCAACGUCCCGACCAGCCGGUACAGUUGGACUUCCAUUUUGCCCACGGCAGCCAGGGGGUCAGCCACUGGCACGGCCUCCUCCAGGCACGCACGGUUUUCCUCGACACGCCUCACCUUGCCCUGGACUGCAACAGCCGCGAGAGCCUGACUGCAACGCUGGAAUACGUGGAAGAAAACACAGAGGCGGACCAGGUGCUUGUUAACUUCCACAAGUCCCGACGGGACAGGGGAGACUUGCUACGAGCCUUUGGCUUCUUGGGUUUCAAGCUCAUGCAGCCGGAUCACCCUUCCCUUCCCCCCUGGGAGGACGUCAUCUUCAUGGCUUACCCCAUGGAACGAGAACUUUACCAACCGGAGGAGAAUGAGAAGUGGAGGACCUGA